AUGUUUCACCCAACCCUUUCCCGCUACCCCUAUACUCCCUUGUCAGUUCGUGUGUCACCAAAGGAUCCCUUUGUGAAGCUAUUCGUGCGCCGCCCGGCCAGGCGGUCCCCAGUCAUCCACCGAGGCUACUUCGCCCGUUGGGCUGCUCUCCAACAGCUGGUCGACCAGUUCCUCUCCGUUAACGGAUCAGCUCAUAACGAGGAUAAGGCCAGAGCCCCGCAUCCUCCCAUUUUUAAGUUUGUCGCUGUCCCUUCCCCCCUCACCCAUCAUGCUUCCAUAGGGCUGCUAGCAGCGCUCGGCCUGUCAGGAGAAAAGAACGUCAUUCGGCAGAUAGAGAAGAUCUUCCCAGAGGACGGCCUCGUGCCCAUGUUCAUCAGUAUUGACAGCGGGGAGCCCACGAGCAGCCACAUCACCUUCGGGUCCAUGGGUGAGAACCUUGUGCACCUGCCAUGGCAUGGCAUGGCCUCAUGCCUCUUCCCCACCCUCUUCCCCAUCCGUUUCCUCACCCUCUUCCCCAUCCGUUUCCUCACCCUCUUCCCCAUCCGUUUCCCCACCCUCUUCCCCAUCCGUUUCCUCACCCUCUUCCCCAUCCGUUUCCUCACCCUCUUCCCCAUCCGUUUCCUCACCCUCUUCCCCAUCUGUUUCCUCACCCUCUUCCCCAUCGGUUUCCUCACCCUCUUCCCCAUCUGUUUCCUCACCCUCUUCCCCAUCCGUUUCCCCACCCUCUUCCCCAUCCGCUUCCCCACCCGCUUCCCCAUCCGCUUCCCCACCCGCUUCCCCACCCUCUUCCCCACCCUCCCGCCCCCUUCCAGCUUCUACGACUUCUAUGAGUAUCUGAUCAAGAUGUGGGUGCACGGGGGCAAGACUGAGUGCCUUGUCCCCCCGUCGUCCCCUCUUCCCCACACUACUCCCCACCUUUCUUCCCCCGCCCUCCACACAGCUUCUACGAAGGCGUCGCCUGCUGAUGCUGCCAAGUACCUGGACUUGGCUAAAGAGCUAACGCGAACGUGCUACGAGUUUUACAACAGCACUCCGUCCAAGCUGGCUGGCGAGGACUACAACUUCCAUGCUGAUGGCCCCCAUCUCCAAGGGCGGGGCCCGCACUUGCAGGGAAGAGUAUACAACAUUCUCCGACCCGAGGCAGUGGAGGCGAUCUGGUACUCGUGGCGAGCCACCAAGGACCCCGUGUGUCGCGAGUGGGGGUGGCAGAUCUGGCAGGCGUUUGAGAAGCAUUGCCGGGUGGAGGCUGGAUACGUCGGGCUCGAGGAUGCGGGGAAGAACCCUCCUCCGCAGGACAACAUGCAGCAGAGCUUCUUCCUGGCAGAGACGCUCAAGUACCUCUACCUGCUAUUCUCUCCGGAUGAUACAUUGAAUCUGGACAAGUGGGUGAUUAACACGGAGGCACACCCGCUCAAGAUCACUCCUCGACACACUGACUUUGUUCCUGCUGGUGCUGGUGCUGCUGGUGCUGGUGCUGGUGGUGCUGCUGGUGGUGCUGCUGGUGGUGGUGCUGCUGGUGCUGCUGGUGCUGCGGCUGGUGCUGAUGGUGCUGCUGCUGGUGGUGGCCGUGGCAGUGCGAUAAAGAAGGUGACUGAUGGAGCAGCAGCAGGGCUAAACUUAGAGGAAGAUGAUGCAGGAGUUGAUGAAGCUGCUUUAGAUGAAGCUGAUGCGGCUGCUGCUGCUCUUGCUGAUGUUGCUGACGCUGCUGCUGCUGGUAUCGGUGCUGGUGAUGCUGGUAGUGCUGGUUCUGUUGGCGGCGGCGGUGGUGGUGAUGCUGCUGCUGCUGGAGGAGGGAGGGAGUCAAUCUCAGGAGCAGGAGAAGUGAAGCAACGGGUCGAGCCAAAGGAGGAUGCUGGUGUUGAUUCAGCAGCAGGGCUGGAUGCUGGGCAAAGAUAG